AUCUGUUGAACACUUGCACUCUAACACACAUUCACACACAGCAAGGCGCUCCCCACUUGUUUUUGUUUCCUGUCACUCCAGCUGCUCCGACCCUUCCCUCCUCUCUCAUUCACUCUGCUUCCAGCCCACCACAGCUCACUCUAGCUCUCUUCUCUCGCGCCGGCGGUUCGUGACCGUGUUUUUGUUUUCGGGGGGCUGAGCGAUGUGUUGUUCGGUGGGCUUUGCCCGGUCCUUGGGCCUGGCUCUUUUGCCUUUGGCCCUGUGCUGUAUCUUGGCCAACUUGCUGCUGCUGUUCCCCAUGGGAGAGAUCACCUACAUGCAACAGAACCGGCUGGCCGAAUACAUCUGGUACUUCGGUGGACUAGGAGGUGGGGGGCUAUUGAUGCUGAUUCCAGCUGUGGCCUUCAUCACUCUGGGGAAAUGUCAGUGCUGCUGGAAUGAGAGCCUAAUGAUGUGCGGGUCAGUGUUGGCAGCUGUGGUCGGCCUGGUGGGGUCCGGCUACUGCUUCGUCAUUUCGGGCCUUGCUCUGAUGCAGGGUCCGAAGUGCUUCACCUCACUUGGUUGGACGUACCCCUUUUCAGACGAGAACGGCAGGUAUCUGCUGCAGCCGGAGACUUGGUCGCAGUGCCUCCAGCCUGUUCACAUCGUCGAGUGGAACGUGACCCUCCUGUGCGUGCUGCUGGGCCUGGGCGUGCUGGAGUUCAUCAUCUGUCUCCUGCAGCUGGGAAACGGCCUGGUCAACGUGGUCUGCCGGCCCUGCUGCUACAAGCAGGAGUACAGUCUUAACGCUUAGACCCGCCCCGCACUGACACAUGGACAGAUAAGAAAAACACACACACACAUACACACACAACAUGUAUGCAAACUUACAGUAUAUUAAUGAAUACAGCCUCGUUACACCAGCAUGUGUGUGUGUGUGAGUACAGCACAGCCUUUCUAUUGAAACAUGCAUAUUAACAUUGACGCACCAGCAGGAUAGGCGUGUAUGUUUUUUAUAUAACAUGCAAUGAGGAGGAUGUACUGAAGCAGGGCUCAACAGGCCCACAGUGUACAGACAGUAGGAAAGAGAAGGAGCCUCCUUGAUCAUAAUAAUAAUUUAAAGUGUACUGGAUAACAGCUUUCACGUUAUCCAAGUGUAAACACUUUCAUUCAUAUCAUUUUAUACUGCAUACUUUUUAUACUUUCACAAACACACAUAAACUUUUUGGCUCCUGAAAUCUAAAUUAAAUCAAUGUCAUGACACAAGUACAAGAUUAAGAUAGCUGCCAAGUUUUUUUUUGUUUGUUUGUUUGUUUGUUAUUAAUAAUUUGUAAAUGACAUUGUGGGUAUUUCCUUGAGCGUGGAGACAGUUUUCCUACAAGAAGCAACGCAGGUUUCCAUGAUUUUCUUUUCCGAAGCUGUCAUCUUAUCCGCCAUUAAGCACACUGAAGUGCCUGUUUCUGUCUAGUUUUUAUUUUUUUUGUGCUUCUGUAUUUACAUUGUGUUGAAUCACGUGUGCAACACAAGCAGAUUAUUAUUGUUAUGUUUUUUUGUUGUCUGUACAUUUUGUUUCCAUUUUGUUGUAAAUUGUUUAAAGUCUUUCAAAUGUCAGUUCAGCGUGGUAACAGACAUUUUAUAUAUAUUUUAGUGACAUAUUUUUAUAAUGUACGGUUUCUUUGUUUGUUUGUUUAUUUGUUUGUGCAGCCUUGAAUAAAAAUGAACAAUUUCCAUUUUA